GACGCGAGCCCGCAGUGUCUGGAUUUAUGUUGUAGAUAGAUGGGCUAGAUGCCACACGUCACAAGCCGACCGCCAGCAAAAGUUCAUAGUUCGAUUCCCAAUUCUCACCGUUUGCCGUCGCUCGGGCUCUUUUUCCCCUCCUCUGCUUGGAUACUACUGACUUAGGCAUUGGAUAUGUGCACACAAGAUGAUGACAGCCCCUUUCCCCCUCGUAGAAGUAAAAUAAAAUAGGCUUUCGCACACACUGGAUUUACUCCUGUCGUUCCAUAUGAAGAAGUCAAAAAUUUGGAUACGUGUCUGUGUCUACUUACUGCUGUUCAUCACUCUUGGGGUACAUUCAAGUAAAUUUGACGUCAACCCAGUGACAGAUGACAUCUCUAAGCUCUCUGUUUUGAGACAAAAUAUUCCUAAAGAUUACAAAAUUCCUGUACAUUUUGUUCCUAAAGAAGAGGGUGGGAUGUGUUGGGUAAAAUUAAACAUCUUCUACUUGGAGGAGAGUUUACAAGAUUUAGCGCAUAAGUUUGGAAACAUUUCAUCCAACAGAAAAGAUAUUAGCAUAUUCAUCCAAAUGCUCCAAGAACUGCGGCUCAACAUGGGUUCUCUGGAGCCGAUCAUGUACGAUUUCGUGUGCCACUACAGGGAAGAGAGGUGGCAGACGGCGCGAUACUUUGACUUUGUCAAGGACUUCCUUAUAGCUGCACAGAAUAAAGAAGAUUCUGAUGACUGUAAUCCUCCUCCCUGUCCCACUACACCAUACACAGUAACUACAGAAGAAUAUUUAGAAGCUGAAUCGCCCACGUCCAGCAGCAAAGGCUCAAACUGUACGACAGGCUUAAAUCCAGAACAGAGAUUGCUGACUGAGGUGGUGGAGCGAAGCCUUCUUUCCCUACUCUUCAUCCCACUCAUAGGCCUUGUAUUCCUGAUCGUGUGGAAGGUCAGGUCACGGAGGAACGAGCAGGCUCCUCAACAGAACCCCGGAGCAGCGGCAAUCUUCACAGGAACAGAAUGGACUGGACCUCCACUGGAUGAAACAUCAGAAAAAAACAAGUUGAACGUCAUUGAAAUUGUGUAAUGCUGUUCCCCUCAAUGUUCUUCAGCAUAAUUGGGCUCAACUCUUUUCUCCUGUUGGUGUCCAGAGGUGAUGAAAAACAAACUCAAGGCUUAAUUCCAUAGUGAGACCUCAGAAGUGAAAGGCCUGUUUUGGACUGCUCUCCAGAUUGACAAUGGCAGAUUCACGAUUGCCAUGAGCAAGAUUUCUCUGGUAAAAUCAUGCCUGCUACCAUAUGGAUAAGCUUGCCUUUCUUUGUAAGACUGCAUUAACCAACCGCAUGCUUUUGAAAAAAGACUCAGAGAUUUUGUCAGAGAAAAACCCCUGUAUCACGCCUCCACUGGAUUCUCUGGCUCCUGCAAAUCGUCCAUCAGACCCUGCUGCAUCAUGAAUAAUUUUAGGGAAACGCAACGGAUGACUAUUGAGAUCAGUAAUGACAAUCAGUUGAUGGGUUGGAGUGAACAGGACACGCUGGCUGUGACCUUUCCCAUAGGGCCGUCCUGCUGCUGACUAGCUGACACUGACACAAGUGAGCAGGACACAAAGAUCUGUAUCUGUAUGUAGUCUCAGUAUUUCUAUCAUGUUCUUACAUUGUACUACGUCCAUUCUUUGGUUUUGUGCCUUGUUUGAUUAGCGAGAUUGACUGUGUGUGUAAAUGUCAAAAAGCCUGUCUAUGUUUCUGUGUGGUAGCAGACAGUGGAGAGAUCAUUACAUGGCAGAUUAGAAUAAUCUCACCACAGUAAAUCAGCAGAUA